CCAGGGGCAGGGAAUAUGGGCCCAGGAGGAACCCCAGUAAGAACCCGGAGCAGCAUGGCAGCCUCCAACUUUGUGCAGGAGAUGCGUUCCAUAGGGGAGAGGCUGCUGCACAAGCUGCAGAGGCUGCCCCAGGCCGAGCCCGUGGAGAUCGCGGCCUUCUCAGUCCUUGUCAUUUUCACAGCCACCGUGGUGCUGCUGCUGCUGAUAGCCUGUGGCUACUGCUGCUGCCGGUGCUGCUGCCCUAAGCGCAGGGGCAGGAAGGCCCAGGUGGGACCCAUGACCCCACCGGGGGGGCCCAGGCGAUGACCGAGGAGCAGCGGGAGAGGAGACCCCCAAAGCCGUGACCCAGGCUGUCAGCCUGGCCCUGCAGCCCUCACCCCUCAAGACAAAGAUCCAGCCCCAGCCCCGGCCUAGCCCAGGAACCCGGACGCUGACUGAGACCCAGAGCCUCACGAAGGAAAUAAGGGCUGUUCUGGCCACGAAACUCUCACCUGCGAGUAAACACGGGGUGCCGAGGAGGAGUCGACUGUUUCUAAGACAGAAAACCACCAGGGAUUCUUUGCCUACCUGUGCUUUUUAACAACACACGGAAGCUGGGUCCCUAUGCCUAGAGGACAGCCUGCACCUGUGGGGAGCUGGCAGUGGAGGCUCCCAGGCCAAAGAGGAGCUGGCCAGUCAGAGGGGCUUCAUGCAAUAGCUCCUGGGUCCCAAGCCCUCCAGAGUGAGGGCACGUCAGUGUUCCAUUCCAGUAUCUACCUGUUUCUUUCCCAGUAAAAGCUCUGGUUACGUGUCUCGUGGCACUAGCCUCCCGUGCUGGGCUCUGUGCAUCGGGAGGGAGACGUGCCAGAAUUCCAGGGGUGUGGCCAGUGGCUGUGCCUCCCAGGCCUCUGCUCUCCCUGCAGCCACGGAAGCUGGAAAAACACGCAGGAAGGAAAGCCAUGCGGGAGGGAAGGCUGUGGAACCAGGGGAGGACGGCAGCGUCAUCCCAGCCAAGCACCAGCUGCGAGCAAGCUCUGCCUCCCAGAUGCCUGCCCGGCAGUGGCGGAGGCUGCGUCUGCCCCAGGCAGGUGCUGAGCUCAGGAAUCCACGCCGCAGUCGCCACUGCCAUUCGCUGUGGCUGGCACGCCCUGUCCCAGCAGGCUCAGGCCACUGGGUCCUCCCAACCUACUGGAGUAAGAGAGGGGAGGCCCCUAUACCUCACCCUGCAUCCCGCCUGCUCCAUCCUUUCCCCAACGUGUGCCGGACUGUC